AUGUCUGGUCCUACGACGCUCGGGGCCCAAGUUGUGGGCGUGGUCGAUGUUGGAGACGGAGGCGCGGAUGGCCGGAAAGCAAAGCGCGAACUGUCGCAAUCUAAACGCGCAGCGCAAAACAGAGCUGCACAGAGAGCAUUUCGUCAGCGAAAAGAAGGAUAUAUCAAAAAGCUAGAGCAACAAGUGCGCGACUAUGCCGAGAUGGAGACGAGCUAUAAGGCGAUGCAGACGGAAAAUUACACACUGAGAGAAUAUGUCAUUCAUCUACAAUCGCGCCUGCUAGAUUCCCAGGGCGAAUUCCCCCAACCGCCGCCAAACAUUAACCUGGCACAUCCAACGUCGGCGCGAGCUCCCGAACCUGUGCAGCCGGCGGCCGCGCAACCAGCAAACUCCCUUGAGGUUGCCGCCCAAGCUGUGGCUGGCCUGAGCCGCAGUGAACACAUGCAGGCCCGCGAUCACUACAACAAGAUCUACGAGCACUCCGCCCGUACCGACGACGACAGGACGGCCGAGGAAAUCACGCGUCAACUACAGGCCGACGGCGGUCCUGAUGGCCUGCCCGCGGCGCCUAUGUAG